GCAAAAAAAAAAAAAGUCAGCCGCCAUUUUGCCUGUGGCCGAACGCGGCAGCUAAGGAUUGUACGACAGUACUUCAAUCUCAAACCAUUUUUCAAAUCAAGAAACUGGUAAUUCUCGUGAUUUCUAUGAUUCAAAAUUGAUAGCUGCAUCUGUUUUAUGACAGAGCUGGUGUUGGGCGGUUUAUUUUUUAAAUAUCUACAUUGAAUGUAAGGGUGGAUAGAAAUGUGUAAGUAGGCCUCUCUUUCCUAGCGCAAACAAACCAAUAUUGUGCAACGCUAAAGUUGAAAGAACUUUACCGUUUCAUAAUGAAGUUAUUGAUAUUGUGUCUAACUAGCAACAGUUGAUUAAACAUUUUGAUUAUAUAAAAUUAGUCUUCAGCUAACAUUCGACUAAUAACAGCGACUUUUCAUCAACGCUCGGUUUCGUCGUUUUCACGUGAGUUUCAUAUAUUUUUUAUUUUUAUUUUUUACAACAUACACAUCGUGGCCGUUAAAGUCGCCAUCUGGAUUUAACCAAACCAUUAGGUAAGAAUCUUCCUUUAGUUAAACGUUCCCGGUUUCUAGUGUGUUUCAAGAGCUUCUCCGUUUCUAAACUGCAUUGUGGGAGACUCAUAGUCCUGGGAUAUACCGUAGGUUACGAUAUUUCAGAAAUGUCAAAUUAUGAGUCUGCGUCAAAAAGGGGGGCCAAGAAGAUUGGUGAAAUAACAUAAAUUGAUUUAGUAAUCGAUAAGUGAAACCUGGACAUUGGUGGUGGUAAGUGAUCAUCAUGAAUCGUGGAUUGAGAAAAUUUUGUAACUUGACUAGCAAUUGUACAGUAUAUGACAGCAUUUUAUCAAAGGGCUUUCUGGAGCGAAAAUUGAAAGAGACUUGUGCAUGCCAAUUGAUGCCUGAUUUGGAAUGUUUUCUUAUGUUAUUUAAAGUGGAACUAAACCAGACAAAAAGUGUUUAUUUCAACUACAUUUCAGAGGGUAAACGUGGAUUGCAUUGGAUACAACUUUAUUGUCAAAUAUGCAUGUAUGUUUACAGCACAGAUUAAAUUUCUUCCCUCUCAACAUAAAUGGGAUUAGUUAUUAGGAAUAUAUGAAUGUUAUGAUUUGAUAAUACAAUAUGUGAAGUGUUGAGAUAGACAAAACAAGUAUUUAUUUAUUGAUGUCAUACCCUAUAGUAAGAAUUCGCAAACAUGUGCAAUAAUAACCCCUUCAGUCCUGUGGGGAGUGUUUUUGAUUGAUUUUUUUUAGGUUUAAAUCCAUCCUUUGGUCCUUUGCCGUGAUCCUUGGAAAUGGAAAACAUACCUUCCUUUGAGAAUACUUGGGCAGAAGACUUUUUCCCCCCAUUCAACAUUGGUAGAUAAUACCUGGCCGUUUCCCCUUCUUUGAUCAUGCAAAUGUGUCCCAAGUGUGCAAUAUUUCAUCCAGCCCAAGAAGAGUUGUUUUCGCCAUCCUCCAGGCUGCACCUGUGCCCUUUUUGCAACAUGAGAUUAAGCAUUUUUAUAUCUCUCCCCCCACUAAGAUGCAGUUUUUUUAUUGUUCAUGUUCCACAAAUUCUUUAAAAAACAAAAUCAUUAAAAAAAAAAGGAAACCAAAAAAAUCACGAAAAGGACUUGAAUCCACCAUCAGUGUAGUUAAGCAAUCCACCAGCGAUAAGUGCCCUGGGCGAUCCACACCACCAUUUCACUCUUAUCUCAUGGAUCAAGUGUUCCUCCAGGACUUCAUACUGAAACAAGGACACACCAUCAUCAACCUGCAAAAGAGGAAGAGGCUGCCUGUGCCCACCUCAGGGAGUCCUGUUGGCUUGGAAGAAUCAGCUACUGAGUUCAAAAGUCAUAGCCAGAUUGGUGCCAAUCAAAACAUAAGCCAGCCUCACAAUGCCUAACAAUGGAGAUGACUGCUACUUCUUUUACUAUUCUACCUGCACAAAAGGAGACGACUGCCCUUUCAGGCACUGUGAAGCAGCGAUGGGCAAUGAGACUGUCUGCAAUCUCUGGCAGGAGGGACGUUGCUUCCGCAAUGUCUGCAAGUUUCGCCACAUGGAGAUCACAAAAAAUCGGAAGGAAAUACCAUGUUAUUGGGAGACCCAUCCAGCCGGCUGCCAGAAGCCCCACUGUGCCUUUUUCCAUGAAAAGCCACGUUAUGUUGAUGGCGUUCUUAUCCCACCGGACACAAGUCAAAUCGAGAAUGAGGAAGAGCAGCAUGAAGAGCCACCACCACUGCCAGCCACUCCUCUCCCCACUGCAACUAAUCCUCAGUUGAGAGGAGUCAUGAAGACAGAAACGCAAGAACCAGUUCCAAGCCCUACCCAUCCACCUGUGGUGAUUAAUCCAGCAGAUGAUGAUGAGGAUGAAGAUGACCAAUUCUCUGAGGAAGGAGACGGCCCCUCCCCAAGAAAAAGAUGCAGGCCUGAUGAAUCACACAACUUUGGAGUGAGCACCCUGGAGGAGAUCCGGCUGAGGAGGGCCCUAAAAGCGGGCAUGAAUAGAGCUAUUCCAAAUCAGAGUGCGAAUAUAUCGGUAAACGGCGAGAAAGAAAACAGAAUUUCAGCCAUCCGACUACCCUUCAAUACAUCUAAUGAAGACAAAAUUGUCUUUGAAGAAACUUUCAGAUCAAGAGUUAGUGUUGCUGAUAGGCUUGAGAGGCGUCGGGGCAACACCUGUAUAAAAUAUGGGGAGGUUGUUCCUGUGACAAACAGCCUGGCAAAGCGUUUAGGUAGAUUUGUGAAAGAAGAACAAACACCCUGUCAGAAAGGAAUGAAGUCAUUGAUUGAAAGACUUAGAUUGCCUGCUGCUGUUGCAGUAAAUAAAGCAGAAGAGGGCAGCGCAGUAUCAAAGAGCACACCCAAGCAAAUUCGCAUCAAAACUCUGGAGGAAAUAAGAAUGGAAAAAGCAGCUAAGUCUCAUAGCCACAAGGACUGUCUUCCUCCUAUGAAUACAGAAAACACUGUCACAAAGACGUCACCCAUCCAGACACCCAAGGCUGUAAAGCGAACAAGUUAUACCAAGGAUCACUCUAUUGACCACAACAAACCCCCCAACGAAAUACUCCACGCAAAGAAAAGAAAAGAAAAGGAUCAGCAGGAGCAGAACCUCAGUCAUAAGAAUUUCAAACCAACAGCUGACAAAGUCCCUGGCAAAUAUCAACCAGAUCCAGUGGUGCCAUUCCCUGAUUCCCCAAAAGUAGGGGAGGUUCGAGUGAAGACCUUGGAGGAAAUCCUCAAGGAGAAGGCAGCCCGAAUUCAGUCUGAUGAAGUCAAGAGUCCAAAAACAGAAGAGAAUGGUGCUAAGAAGCCACGAUUGCAGCAAAAUGAUAAACUGACCUCUCACGGUGACAUCACGGCAGAGAAGAAUGUUGAGGUGACUAAAAGGACAUGGAAAGCUCCUGAGACAACCUCCAUGAUUGUCAAAGUCAAAACAUUUGAGGAGAUUAUGCGUGAAAAACAUCGGCGCAAACAGGAAAUGGCUGGGCAAUCUAUCAGCCAGCAGGCCUCUGAUGCAUCAUCUUCACCAAAACCAUUAGUUCGUAGUACGCUGAAGAAAAAGAUUCUUCCACCACCAGAGUCUUCACCUAUCUGUAGCACUCCGGAUAGGAGCAAUGUCUCACCUGCCAAAAAUACUCAUCUUCGCAAGCUGAAAACCGUCAAAUCUGAGACUGAGUGCCCUCCAAACAUCUCUACUCCGGCUCCCAUCGCAGCUGUGAACUCGGUUCUAGUGAAGAGUUUAACCCCAUCGCAGGAAGACACUCUCUUACUAAGUCCGGACAGCUCCACCAAGAUCCAGUAUAAAAACACAAAAACCUUAAAUUCACCAUCUUCAGCCAAGCAGACAACUCCAGAGAGACUCCUUGCAGCGGGAGGGAGUCCAACUACUGAUAGAACUCAUACCACAGACAAAAAAGUGCGGCCCAAACUGAAUGUGAAGCCGUCUGUCAUGAAGCCUGCCUUGCAAGUGAAUACAGCCCAGAAGCGGAAGAGAGCAGUGCGGUCUGCUGUGGCUGCUGUCAAACCUCUGAACAGCGCCUCCAUAGUUUUAGAGGAAUCACAACAGGAGACUGACAGUAAGGAGGAGGUACUGAACCCUCGAGUUUCCUGUCGUCCAAGCACAUUGUUGGAACACAAACGCAACUCAAGUGAGGAGCCACAGAUCAUCCAUCUUUCAAAAUGCAGUCCAAGCCAAGAACCCAAGCUGGAUGUCAGUCUUGCUACUACCACGGAGGCCUGUUCUGCCUCCCAAAGCUCUCUCCUGAAGACCACUCCUCAAAGUAAAUCACGGAGACAAAGUGUGGUCGGUUCACGCAACUCAACAUCGGCUGCAGAUGACUUCGAAGAGCUCAUCAACGAAUUCACAGAGGAUCAUCUCGAUGGAGAUGUGGACCCUGGCAUUGGGGAUGAUGAUCUACUGCAGGAACUGUCAGACAUGAUUGGCAGCUGAGGAAAUGUUUUCAUUCAAGCAAAUAGCCUAGCCCAGCACAAUCAACAACACCAACGUUGUUCAGGUUUACUCAGUGCAUUUAUGCUUAAGACCCCUUUACUAAGGAUUUAUGUUUGUUGUCUUUUUCUGGAAUCUUAUCCGAAAGAAGCAUCAACAAUAUCGGGCAGAUUUUAAGUGUUGGAAAAGGCAAAUAUGAUCAGAGACAAAUUGUGUAUACUGUGUAUGCACUGGGAAAAUCUAAAUGUAUGUACAUAUUUAGAAAAAAUCUGCUGCUCCUAUUGCUUUUAGUUUCUAGCAAAGAUUGUCACUUUUCCUUUCAUAGUGACUUUUUUUUUAAGCAGUGAAUGUCAAUUUUAUGUCGGUUUUAUUUUAAUGUUUUAGAUCCCAUGGAGAUCAUCAUCCUCCUGUGACUUGUUUUUCUUAAAUGUUGUACAGUACAUUGUUUAUUUUUUAAACCAUUACUAGAUUUAUUCAGUGGGCUUCAAUUGAAACGCUUAAUGGUGACACCUCAGGUAAAGGUUUUGUUUGUAUACAUCUCUGAAAUUUUUUUAGCCAAUAGUCUGUUUGUUUGUUUUCAUUUAAUGCAUUGUUCUGAAAUGUUGAACGAUCAGUGAUCACUACAACUUAUCCACGAGUUCACUGUCAAAAAUAAUUUCUCCACGACUGUAAAUAAAAAAAUGCCUCUAUUUAACAA